AUGGUACUAGAGAAGUUUGAGGCCUCGCCCCCUUCAGUGGUCAUGUUAUCUUUGAAAUACAAGUCAGUGUUCUUGGAGGUUCACUGUCAGAGAAAGGUCAAGAGAAAGAUUAUCCUGACGACCACUGCACUAAAGGGUGUGUGUAGUCGAGAUACUACGUGGUGUGAUCGCGAGCGACAAGAACCUGCGUUAGGCUUCAUUGGGUCUUCAUGUCAGAACAACACAGAGUGUUCCGUGCCAAGCUCUGUCUGUGUCAACUCCGAGUGCAUGUGUGACCCAGGGCUGUCUUUCUCACCACAGUCGGCGUCCUGCAAUGCAACUUGCACUGCGUACGGCCGUCAUUACACUACAGUACGCGGCUUCUACAUCGGUGGGAACAACAUGGCUACCUACACCGGCGUGACAGAACAACAGUGCAUGGACCACUGUACAGCCAGAACCAACUUUGUCUGCCGGUCAGCUGAUUGGCGAACCUCAGAUGGGAGGUGUGACAUCACCGCAGCAACUCUCCUGACUGUGGCUGCAUCAGCCUACUAUGUGUUAGAGGAUAAGACAAUAAUCACUCAUUUUGUUCGAGAAUGUGAGAUUUAGUCUCGUUCCAUUUUCUCAAAUCUUUUCACUUUUUAAUUUAAUGUGCAUCUAUGUUAUGUUUUUCACAAUAUUUCACAAUGUUGACCUUGAUGUGAACUUUACAGUUUGACCAUACACGGGAAGUCUCUCAAAAUGUAUUUCUUUUAAAUAACCUCAGAAAACACUGUCGAAAAUGUUUUACCAUCGCACUUUGACAAUGAAUGACCUUAAAAUCCAGUCGUGACUUCACCACCAUCUCCUGGGUGUUCGUUCGCACGAGUGAUGACACCUAAAUCUGUUUCGGAGGUUCGAUUUAUGAAUUAAAAUUUCAAUAUAAAGUGUUUAUCUGCCAGUUCGGAUUAUAAUAAGAACAUAUCGGUCAAAAAUAAUCUAAGAUUUUCAAGGUAUCGUUAAAGGGAGAAAAACGGAUCAGGUAUGAAAAUGACUGAAUGAUUGGAAAACAAUAUUUUUGAGGUUAUUGCGGUCUUUUCAGAAAUAUUGACUCACACAUGUCAUAAGAGACCAUAUUAAUUUAAUAAA